AUGAUAACAUCAAUAAUAAUUUAUUUUUGUCGUAUAAGUUCAAUAUUAUUAAUGUAUUUGGGUUUAUUAAUUGGUAGUUUUUGUACAAUAUUUAUUCUUCGAGAAUUUUAUUUUCAUUCUCAAUUUCAUACAUCUUUAAAUUUACUUAUUAUUGUAAUUUUUUGUACAGAUUGUAUUCGUGCAUUUGUCUGUGCACCUUUAGAAACAUUUGUUUUAAUAAAAACAUUAAAUUUAACAAUUAUGCAUUGUCACGAACAAAAUUAUUUUAUUCAAUAUUAUAAAAUAAUAAUAAAUUUUUGUCGUUUUACUAUGGCUGUACGUUCUUGUUUUAAUGUAAUACAACCAUUUGGUUUUAUUGCUAUUGCUUACGAACGUUUACGUACAAUUGUAAGAAGAAAUGGAAAUUUAAAUAUGAAUAUUAUUUCUCAUCAACAACGAGAUUUUGUUCGUUUAAAAAAUAUUAUAAUUUGGAUUUUUAUCAGUUUAUUAUUGGGUAUUAUUGUUGGUAUUUAUCAAGCAUUAGCAUAUUCUCCUUCAAAUACAUGUUAUGGACAAUCUACUGUAGCAUUUCAUCCUAUAAUGUUUAUUCUUUUAUUUUGUAUGAUUAGUGCUGGAUUAAUAAGUGGUUUUAUCUAUGUAAAAAUGUUUUUCGUUUUAAGAAAAUAUCAGAAUAAUGUGGUUAUGCCGGUUAUUAUUGAUGAAAACCAUAAUAAUCCUGUAAGACAUCAAAAUAUUUCGAUUAAUGAUAUACAUAGAAAAGAUCUUCGUUUAGCUAAACAUUCAUUUAUUAUAUUUCUUUCGUUUUUCUUAUGUCGUCUGCCAUGGGCUAUUAUGAUUUUAAUGGAUUUAAUUCUUAUACUACCAUCAUUUGGAUACAUUCAAUGUUAUUUUGAAGAAUUUGCUGAUUUUUCUGGACAAUUUAUAUUUUUAGCAACUAUAACAGAUCCAUUGACUUAUAUUUGGUCUCAACCAAGAUUAAAGCAAAAAUUUUCUCGAAUUCCAAUUAUAUCAAUUUAUUUUCAUAAUAGAUUAUAA